AUGGCGGAAAUCCAUCCACGGAGGCCACGACGGGCUGCGAAAGCAUGCGCCUUCUGCCGGCGACGGAAGUUGCGGUGCGAUAACGGGAAGCCCACUUGUUCUAAUUGCCGGGGGUACGGCAAUGAAUGUGUCUAUCCCGCAGACAUUGUAAGACAGAGGCCUACCAAGGCACGUCUCUCUCAGCUAGAAGCAGAGAAUCAACAAUUGCGUCGGCAAUUAGGCGCUGUUGAGACGCAAUCCAUCCAAGGAAGGGGAUCGCCUGAACACACUCCAACUUCAUCGAGACAAGAAACACAAGAGCUUCCUGCUGAACCCCCCGGCGAAUCCUCCUCCAACGGGGAACAACAGGAAGCUAGCACUGUGGAGCAUUCUCAGUCCGCUGUCUCACGCAUCUUUAUUUCACCGAAUGGAGACUCCAGCUAUCACGGCCUCACCAGCACUCUGUUCGACGAUGCUCCGACCGACAGGCGAGGUCAAGUGAGACCGACCGACCAGCAAAUCCCUGCAGAUCAUGUUUCCAAGUGUCUGAUGGGAGAGGCUGCUUAUCAAAGACAGCUUGAAGGGUUGAAUAUGCGUCAUGGAAAGCUGGAUUUUGAUGGUGUCGACCCAGAAUUGGGCAUGCAUCUACUGUCCCUUCACUGGAAUCGCCAGCAUCACUCAUUCUUGAUCACAUACCGCCCGGCUUUCAUGCGCGACAUGGCCUGCAACGGGCCAUAUUUCUCAAAACUCCUUCUCAACGCCAUAUACUUCGGCGCCUCAAAGUUUAGUAAUAGACCUGAGGUUCGCCGGGACCCCAACGAUGUACGCACGGCGGGCUGGACCUUUCGUAUGCGAGUCAAGGAGCUCCUUGGCAGUGCCCUUGACCGUAGCGAGAUUACGACUAUCCAAGCACUUCUGGUCAUGACCAGCUCAUUGUUUGCAUUAGGCGAUGAGCGUAGUGCCGCUUGGCUUUACGCCGGCACUGCCUUUCGAAUGAUCAUCGAUCUAGGGAUGCACGUUGACGCGACAAUGUUAACAAACAUGCGUCGGCUCUCCGAUGAAGAUCUUGAGAUUCGCCGACGCGUUUUCUGGGGGGCCUUCGUUGUCGAUAAGAUUCAAUCCCUCUACCAAGGUCGUCCCGCAAGCCUCCAAGAUUUUGAUACCAAAGUCUCGCUGUCAUUUUUGGACAACUACGAAGAGCUUGAGGAAUGGCAGCCAUUCGCGUAUUCAGAUGUUGAAUCUUACCCUGGGUCUCCUGCUUAUAGCGUGUCAACUUUCACGCAACUAUGCAAGCUUUCCUUGAUCCUCAAUGGGAUUUUAAACAAGGUCUACUCCGAGAGAAGCUCAGCGCGUUCACCGGAUGAGCUCCUUGCAACCUUGAAGUCCUUGGAUCUGCAACUCAAAACUUGGCAUAAUGCAAUCCCUGAUCACUUAAGAUAUAACCCGACCACAAGUCAGAUCACGCCACCGCCACAUGUUGUUUCACUACUUGCUCUAUACAAUGUCCUAUUGAUCCUCCUGCACCGACCCUUUGUAGCUGAAGGGCAUCUCCACACCACGGAUCUGACAGUCGCAAUUACGUCAUUCAGCACAUGUACUGUUGCUGCAAACCGCAUCAUCCAUCUUCUUCAAGCCUACGAUCACACAUACUCAAUUCGGCGGGCACCGUAUCUGAUUUCAUAUGCGACCUACGUCGCUGCAACAAUCUUUGUCCGAGUCGCUGCCCAGAAGGAAGGCGGUAGCCGAGCGCAUGCCAGCUUGCGAGCCUGCUUUAGUAUCUUUAAAAAAAAUCAGGAGACAAAUUGGGCUGUCCGGCGGGCUGAAAACGUCAUUCGUCAUUUGAUGAACCGAAUGGGAGUGGAGUUGAAUACACACAAUCACGAGGUUGAUGUGCGAGGACCCUCCAGUCGUCCUGAUGAAGCCGUCAUUUUGGAUCAAGCGCCCUACAUAGCUGGAGAUAGCUCCCAUAUAAGUACGGCAGUCAUUACCAGCUACAGUACUCCAUCUUCGGGGGAAAUAGAAGAUUCAGAACUCGACAUCGACAUGAUAAUCCAGAGCUUCAUCCGACAAGAUAACAGAUCAAAUGAAGGCCAAAUCUACAUUGACAGUGCCGAUCAUCCACUUCCUGGAUCUGCUACAACGGCCUUUGGUACACAGAGUAAUCUUGCGCCUACGGAUAUUUCCCAUUAUGAUGAUGCCUAUCCUGGUCCCCGUUUUGAUGACGACAUGCUUUUUGGUUUCAAUGGCUCCCUUCAGGAUAGUAUGAUAUAUGAGUGA